AUGCUCAUUGCAUUUGCCUUAGGGCUUUUCCUGAGCCUUGGCCAUGUCACUGGCUUGAAGGUGAGGGAGGUGAAUCUCAAAAUCUGGGAUGUAGACGACUCGUGUAAGCCAUAUCUGUCACUUCUACAAAAAGCUUUCGAUGAUGCCGCGACUAUGUCAGCCAAAGCUUUAAAAGACCUCAAAUUUGUUCAACAACCCCGCCCGCAACAAGACACCAAGCGAAGGGAAAGUCUUGAAUGGGAUCGCAUAGCAAGGGCCGUGAACAACAUAUUUGGUUUCAAUCCAGAUGAACAAGGAACCAAUUCGGAAAACAAGUUUAUGCAAAAGGUUCUUGGGGUUUACGAUAGGAUGAGCGCAGCCCUGCGUGGCAAUGAGAACAUACCUGCAAAGGGUUUCACAGAACUCCACUCCAAAGCACUGUUGAUUUGUGGCGAUGAGCCCUGGAAAUGGUAUUCGGUAAACGACAUUGAUCCAUACGAUCCAGAGAGGCAACCACUGCAUAUUUCCCAGCCUGGAGUAGAGGGCAAGGGAGCCUGGGCAUAUAAACACAGAUAUCAUUCAAACGGAAACCCUAACAGUAUUGGUAUCUGCCGUCCUGAAAUAUAUGCAGUCACACAACCUCAUCUCUCUCGCGUCAUGAUUCACGAACUCACUCAUUGGUAUGGUGCGGAAUUAGAUAAGGAAGGCGCCAUUAUCCGACGUAAGAAGUCUACAGACAUUGACAAUCCUGCUGCCCCAAAGUGUCACUGGCUAACGUUUUCAUUCUUCUAUCUAGUUGUCGACCAUCGAGCAGUUUCGAAAUACGGCGAAUUGCCUUUCUCGUACUUUGAUCAAAGUCGUAACAAAGUUAGAUACGUUCCGAGUAGUAAGAGAAAAGACGGAGUCCGGUACGGAGAGCCGGUAGUUUACUAUUACGCUUUCGUCACAAGACUAGCUAUGAGUCACGAAGGCCAGUUUGCCCAAAAUUCUGGACCAGACAAGGCUACUGGCACAGCAGAGGCAUACGCCUAUUUUGCUAUGAUGGCGUAG